AUGCUAAUUUGUCGGAUUUGCCUGUCUUCAGAAAACGUGAAACUGUUUAAUGUCAUUAAUUUUGGUUUAUCAGAACCCUAUGAGAGGUUAAUGGAUAUUGAGAUAUCUGAUCAACAAGAGCUGUCACAAUACAUAUGUAGUUAUUGUAGCUCGUUACUGCUCAAGUUCCUAGCGUUCAAGGACAAAUGUAUCUCCGCGUACACUAUUAUGAAAUAUGCGGCAAAGGAGAAGCUAAAUUUAGAUCAAAUAAAUGGAAUAGCCAAUCACAAACUUCCAUACACAAUGUCAAAUAAAAAUACCAUCAUCGAUAUGGAAUAUACAGAACUAAUAACAAUUAAAGAAGAAGACAUACCAAUUAUAGAAGAAAUUAAAAUAGAGAGUAGUGAAGCAAAAAAGAAGAAGCUAAAAAAGAAGAAAAAAGAAGACUUGUUAACGAGUAAUAGUUUAAAAUUGGAAGAUGAUUUUAUUGGUAACGAAGAUUAUGAUAAUGAAAAUGAUAUACUGAAUAAUGAUUCAUUGUUUAAUGAUUCAUUAGUUAAUGAUACGUUUAUUCAUGAUUCGUACCUAAGUGAUAUGAAAGUGAUAAUUUUAAGUGAACAAGAACAAUUGCAAGAGAUCGAGGAAAGGAAGACUUCUUCCAAUUAUAUAAAUUCUUCAUAUAAAUGCAACUUUUGCUACAAAGGUUUUAUAAUGGCAACAACUUUUAGGAAUCAUAUGUUGAAACAUGACCCAGAACGGGGUGAUUUAAUAUGUGAUAUUUGCAAGUCCAGAUUCACAGAACCGCGAGCUCUCAAAGCCCACAAAGUGCACACACACGAAAGGAAAUAUAUAUGUAAAUUGUGUGAUCACGUGUCUAGGAGUAGUCAUCGCGCAAAAGAACAUUUGAAGUGGCACAGCGGUUACACAUUUGAUUGUAAAAUAUGCGGUGCGUCUUUCGCCAAAUCAACCAGCCAUCUCACACACAUACGUCUUCAACACCCAUCUAACAAUGCAUGUGAUAUUUGUGGCGAGUCUUUCAUAGGAGAGUACGGACUGAGAAUGCAUAAAACGAAGGCUCAUAACGCCGAAACCAAUGUGUUAGCUCAGUGUGAGCUGUGCGAGUUCAAGUUUCUGUCGGUGGAGGCACUCUCGAAACAUCUAGAAUAUGCCAAGGAUGACAUAUGUAAUGUUGAUUUGAAGCCGUGUCCACACUGUGGGGAGGGACUCUCGUCUGAAGAAACUCUUCAAGAGCAUUUAAAGGAACACCCUAAAGAAGAAACUGUUUUUUGUGAAGAGUGCAACCGUUCGUUCCGCACGCGGCGGUCGCACGCGACGCACUACCAGCGCGUGCACCUCGGCGUCAAGCUGCGGCCGCGGCGCCGCGCCGCCGGCAAGCGCGGCGAGAGCGCCGUCUGCGAGGUCUGCGGGUACAAGUGCAUUUCGAAAGCAACCCUCGUGUACCAUCAAAGGAUCCACACGGGAGAGAAACCGUAUCAAUGUACAGAGUGUCCGAAGAAGUUCAGUGUAUUUCAACGGUUGCAGAUCCAUAUAAGAACACAUACAGGAGAAACUCCGUACAAAUGCAAACAUUGUCCCAAAGCGUUUAAACACAAAGCCGCUCUGAACAGACAUGACCGGGUACAUACAGGGGCGAAGCCCUACAGCUGCCCGCACUGUGGCAAGUCCUUCUCACAGUCUAACUCCAUGAAGCUACACGUCAACACUGUCCACUUGAAAAUGCCCGCGCCUUACAGAAAUAGGCGGAAUAAAAUAAAU